AAAUGCCUCGUUUCUCUCGUGAGUCCAUUCAAAUGGUACAUCCUUCUUUGUGAGGUCAUUGAGAGGUCGGGCCAUGGUAGCGAAGUCUUCGAUGAAUCUGCGAUAGAAGUUUCCAAAGCCGAGGAAGGACUGUACUUCCUUCAGGUUCUUUGGGGUUGGCCAGGCGGCGAUUCCAUCGACCUUGACCGGGUCCAUGGAUAUAUUAUCCGCGGAAAUGAUGAACCCAAGGUAUUCAACUGUGUUUGUCCCGAAGGUGCAUUUGGAAGGUUUCAGGAAUAA